AUGUUGAAUACAGGUGGAGACGGAGGAGUCGCUCCGGUGAAUAUGAAGGAAGUUGGAUCCACCACAGUUGUCUGUCCCAUGCUAUCAUCAACUAACUACACCGUUUGGGCCCUACGAAUGAAGGUAGUUCUCAGAAUCCAUAAGGCCUGGACUGUAAUUGAUCCGAGAACAGAAAAGAAUGAAGAGAAAGAUUACUUUGCAAUAGGAUUGUUGUAUCAGGCAAUCCCGGAGGAUCUAAUCAUGCAAAUCGGAGAUGUGGAAUUUGCCAAGCGACUCUGGGAAGCGAUUAAGGCGAGAUAUAUAGGUGAUGAUCAUGUGAAAGAGGCUCGGUUGCAAACCCUUAACGCCGAAUUUGAUCGACUGAAGAUGCAUGAGUCUGAAUCAAUCGAUAGCUAUGCUGGAAAGCUAUCCGGAAUCGCGUCCAAAUCGGCGGCACUCGGUAAGACGAGUGAGGAAUCGAAGUUAAUAAAGAAAUUCCUCAAAACUCUUCCUAGGUCGAAAUUUAUCCAAAUCGUUGCCUCCCUUGAGCAAGUCUUGGACCUAAAGAUGGUAGGAUUUGAAGAUGUCAUUGGAAGGCUCAAGGCUUACGAAGAGAGAAUUAGGGAAGAAGAUAUCAGUGAGGCAGAUCAGUCGAAGGUGUUGUUUGCAAAGAAAUCGACUAGUUCUCACAGUAGAGCGAAAGGAGAGUGGAAAGGAACGAGUCAAUCAAAUGGGUCUAAUAAUGCAAAUGGGUUUAAUGGGACUGAUGGGUCAAGUGGAUCUAGAUCUGGUGGGUUAUUUGGGUCAGGCGGGCCCAAAGGGAAUAAUAGGGUUUCUCAAAGUAAUCGGCCCAAUAAACAACCCAAUUCUGAUUUAUCUCAACCCAAUUCCAACAAUUGCAAGAAAAUGUAA